AAAAAACAAGAGUCUCUAGAGUCUCAAGGCCUAGUCGAUUACAUUUUUUAAAAUAGCAACAAAGAGAACCAUCCAAACCAUGGCUGGCGCCAAAGAAUACUUUUGGGGUUUAACGUUGUCUGAAGACGAGAGAUCCUUCAAAUGGGACCCUGCUGCUGAAUACAUGGAUGAUGAGGAUGAUGACGAGGACGAUGAGAUCUCACAUUUCCUCUUUUUGAAGCAGGCUGUUCUUGGGGUGAAAGCUAAAGAUAACGAGAGGAAUGUGAUUGAGGUGGAAACGAUUAACUUUGAUGGAGAAACAAUCACUAUGCCUAUCUUCUCACUUAGAGCUGGUCUCAAUGAAAGUAUUACUUUGGAUGUAGGAUUACAGCCUCCUGUCACAUUCAAAUUAGCACAUGGCUCAGGACCAGUGUGUCUCAGUGGACAACAUGCAAUAGAUUUAGAGGAUCAUGACGAUUUUGGCAAAGAAGAUGAAUAUGAAUUUGAGGAAGAAGAGGAAGAGGAGACUGUCAAGAAGGCUUCAACGAAAGGAAAGGAUAAGAAGAAAGCUGUAAUAAAGGAUGUGAAGGUCCCCAAGAAAGGGAAAGGAGAUGAACUAGAUGAGGAUGAUGAUGAUGAUGAGGAGGAGGAUGAUGAUGAAGAUGAGGAGGAGGAGGAGGAAGAAGAGGAAAAGCAAACUGCCAAAGGAAAGAAGAGGCCAGCUCCAUCAACGAAAGGUCCAGCAAAGAAGAUGGCCUUAGGGGAGGAUGAUGAUGAUGAUGAAGAUGAUGACGAGGAAGAUGAAGAUGAGGAGGAUGAAGAUGAAGAAGAGGAGGAAGAGUCAUCGCCUGAAAAGCCAACUAAGAAAGGAAAGGGAAAGGUGAAUGGAACAGUUAAACAAAAGGCUACACCAAAGACACAGGCAACUAAAGGAAAAGAUAAGAAGGAGAAGAAGACAUUCACAGUUGAAGAUAUGAAGCAAGAUUUGAUGAAGUCUCCGAGCAAGCCAAAGAAGGAGGAAAAAUUCAAGAAUUUUGUCAAAUCAAAGUUCCAUCUCUCAGAAACAAAGAAAAUCCAAGAGCUCUGGUCGUGGUAUAAAAGCACCCAACUGAAAUGAAAGUAAAAGAAUGAACGUAGCAUAGCAUAUCUAGUCCAAGGACCGUUUAUGAACUGUCAACUCUACGUACCUCAGAAUGGAUGGUAAAAGCUGAACAGAGAUUAUGUUCGACAUAUUGUUCAUCAAUCAACCAUGGAUUUCGAAAAUCAUUUGAAAAAAAGUUAUCUGGAAGAAUUAUGUGAGGAUGAAUGAGGAAAUGUAAUUGUUUUAUUGUGACUUGGAUUUCAUUUAAUGAGAUUAAUGAAAUGUAAUUUUGUUUGGUGAUGAUAACACACAAAAAAAUUGAUGUUGAUAAGAUGUAAAAUCACAAUUUUAUCACAAGUUAUUCAAAUUUAUUAGCAAGUUUGUCAAUGAAAAUAAAAAUUUUAUGGAUUAAAUUUCAGAGAAAUUGAAUAAAUAACCAUUAGAACCAAUUAUGAUUGUAUGUGAAUUAUUAUAGUGUGUCUUUGUGAUGGUUGGUAAUAUUUUCAAGUCACCAUCACAAUGAUUUUGUUCAAAUUGGGGGAAAAUUUGAAGAUAGAACUAUGGGUAUAAAUGACUGUAUCCAUAUAAACAAUUUCUGUUGCUUUCUGGCCUGGGCAGGGCGAUCAGCAAUUAGGCAUUAUCUUGUUGAGCGGAAGAAGAGCCCAGUUAAGAUGUUUCAAUUAAUAUCUCCCAAAAGCUCCUCAACAGAGGCUAGUUUUUCAGGCAGAAUGCUGAAUUCUAACCCAAGAAAUUAUUCCCUGAUCAUUUCACAGGCUUCUAGUAGUAUAACAAUGAUAUCAUUCCUCUGAUUUGAUUGCAGCUGGAUACAAUGUACUUUACUGCAUGGUUUUCAUCAAAUGUGAAGAAUAAAAAAAAUGGUUAUUUAGUAAGCCUUGAAUACCCUUCCAGUAAAGGAAGGUUCCCCACUAAAAGCAGGAUUCUCGGCAAAAAGCCGGGAAAACAUUACUAUGUACUUGCUUUUGAUAGUUGCUCUUGAUUGAAUUAAAACAUUUUUGUGGAGAUAAAAAUAGUCCUUAUUUCCUCAUCCACCAAAGAGAUCAAGUAAUCUUGUAAAUUCCAGUGGAAUGGAUUAUUAUUGAAUCUUUUGGGCAGUUAUCAUACUUUUGCUCUAAGACGACAUAACAAAAUCUUUGCUCUCUAAAUUAUUGGUUUGAUACAUGAA